AUGCCUUUCCGACCCGACCGGCCUGCAGUCAUCGUCACGACCCUAAUCACUCAUCACUUGCGGUUGUUGAUUCUGAGCAGUAGCAGUAGCAGUAGCAGUAGCAGUAGCAGCACCAACAUCAGAAGUAGCAGGAACGAACCAGCAAAGAACGACAAACAAAGGCAACGAAUUCCAAUCAGGGAUUCCCAGUUACAACCACUUCACUUAAGAUCUCAUGAGAGGAUUGAAUAG